CACUGAGCCACAUCUCCAGCCAUUCUUAUUUUGAGUCAGGGCUGCCCAGGCUGGCCUUGAAUUUGCAAUCUCUCUGCCUCAGCCUCCUGAGUCACUGGGAUUGUAUGUGUGCAACUGCACCUGGCAAGGGGCCACGUUUAACAGAGAGCUUAAUGUGUUUCAAGGGCUGAGGCUCCAGAAGCUGCUAGGACUGGAGACAGGAUGAAAAGACCCCCAAAGAAAGGAUGGCAUUGGAAGCCAUGGAGCUGGUGGCUGUGAGCCCCCAGAAAUUUUGUGUUGCAGAGAGAUUUCUGGAGGGUAUUAGUCUCUGCAGGAAGGCAGAGAAAGAUCUUGUGCCAGGACACUAAGCAAGGAAAUGGAAGAUUUUCAGGCGAUGCUGUAAACCACUAUACAGAUGUGUCAGAAAGUGGGAGAAAAAGUAUCCAUUGGACUUGGCAAAGUGUAAUGGCUGCUGACCUUGAAGAAUUUUCAUUGGCGAGCUGGAGGUAAAGUUGGGGAAUGAGCGGGGGCAGGGAAGUGGAGCUGGCAAGAGGUGAGAACAGUUCUUUGAAAGGGAGAAUAGCAAAUAUAAGGAGAGGAUGUGGGUUUUCUUAAAAGACUAGAGGCUAGAAAGUAGAGGUGGGCAUGGUAUUAGAAAGGAGGGUUCCUGGGACCCAGAGUCUGGGUGGAUGUGUCAGGGACUUGGUAUCAGUCAAGAGGCCAGAUCUACCUGCUCUGUGGGCACAGGAAAAGGGGGUUGCAGCCAAGUCCACAAGUGUGGUGGUAAGAAACCCUAGGGAGCCUGUUUCAAGGGCUGAGGCCACGUGCUUGGGUUCAGAAGGCUGGAAUGGAAAAGCAAGUAUGAGGGUCUACAAUUGUAAAGGGAUCCCUGGGCUGAGCUAGGUGCACCAAGACUCAGAAUGGGGCUGGAUAGGUUUGAAAGAUCCUGUACUAGGGCUGCCAGAUCUAGCAAAUUAAACUACAGAAUAACGAGUCACAUUUGAGUUUGUAUAAGCAAGUAAGUUUUUGGUAUAACUGUAUCCCACUCAGUAUUUGGGAUAUAUUUACAAUAAAAAGUUAUUUGUUGCUUGUCUGAAAUUCAAGUUCUGUAAUUUGCCUGGCAAUCUCAGCCUGGCAAGGUAGAGCAGUGGGUCGGGGAGGACAAGGGGAUGGCGCGACACUGCCUGGGGCCCAAGCCUGAAAAUGGGGGGGGCUGGGUGCCGAGUGAGCCUGAGGUCCGAGCCACAACUAGCAUCUGCUCCGCCCCUAGGUUUUCUUGGAGUCUCCGCCCCAGUACUUUGGUCUCGUCCUCUCCCCCUACCGAGCCCAUGGUCUCGCCCUGAAGAUUCAUCGAUAUCUCUACGCUCCUCCCCGGCCUCUAUCGACUUGCUCCUGCUCCCCUCACCGGCCUGGACUACGGUAGAAUGCGGAGUGCGUGUAAGAUGCUCUGAACUUUGCUCCUUGCCCAUCAACUCUUUGGCCCUGUACAGGCUAUAUUCUUCCCAGCAGCUGCACCAUGAACACAUCCCCAGGCACAGUGGGCAGUGACCCGGUCAUUUUGGCUACCGCGGGCUAUGACCACACUGUGCGGUUCUGGCAGGCCCACAGUGGAAUCUGCACUCGUACUGUGCAGCACCAGGACUCUCAGGUGAAUGCAUUGGAGAUCACCCCAGAUCGCAGCAUGAUUGCUGCUGCAGUUCAGCCUGUGUCCCUAGGUUACCAGCACAUCCGCAUGUAUGAUCUCAACUCCAAUAACCCCAAUCCCAUCAUCAGCUAUGACGGAGUAAAUAAGAACAUAGCAUCUGUGGGCUUUCAUGAGGACGGCCGCUGGAUGUACACAGGCGGGGAGGACUGCACAGCCCGAAUCUGGGAUCUCAGGUCUCGGAACCUGCAGUGUCAGCGGAUCUUCCAGGUGAAUGCACCCAUUAACUGUGUGUGCCUGCACCCCAACCAGGCAGAGCUCAUCGUGGGUGACCAGAGCGGUGCUAUCCACAUCUGGGAUCUGAAAACAGAUCACAAUGAGCAGCUGAUCCCUGAACCUGAGGUCUCCAUCACAUCUGCCCACAUUGACCCUGAUGCUAGCUACAUGGCAGCAGUCAAUAGCACUGGAAACUGUUAUGUCUGGAAUCUGACAGGGGGCAUUGGUGAUGAAGUGACCCAGCUCAUCCCCAAGACCAAGAUACCAGCUCAUACACGCUAUGCCCUGCAGUGCCGCUUCAGCCCUGAUUCCACGCUCCUUGCCACCUGCUCAGCUGACCAGACAUGCAAGAUUUGGAGGACAUCCAACUUCUCCCUGAUGACAGAGCUCAGCAUCAAGAGCAGCAAUCCUGGGGAGUCAUCUCGAGGUUGGAUGUGGGGCUGUGCCUUCUCAGGGGACUCUCAGUACAUUGUUACAGCUUCCUCUGACAACCUGGCCCGGCUCUGGUGUGUGGAGACUGGAGAGAUUAAGAGAGAGUAUGGUGGCCACCAGAAAGCUGUCGUCUGUUUGGCGUUCAAUGACAGUGUACUUGGCUAGCCCUUGCCCCUCAGGAUCACAGGCAGCAACUGGGCAGCUGGGACUGCCUGGUGCAGUGGCUGUAGCUUGUUGGACCUGUAUACUACUCAGGUCAUAGUGAAACUCUUGAGACUAGCCUUUGCCCACCAUGCUAGCUGGACUGACUGGGCUACCCCUCCCUCUUGCCAGGCCUGCCCAAUUGCCCACUGACUCAGGACGUACAUCCCUGGGCUUGGAGAGCCUGCACUCCCUUCCGGGAUGUGGGACUUAUGGCGUUUAGAGUUUCUGAAAGGACCCAAGCUGGUGCCCACCUGCCAAGUCAUGUUCCUCUUCCCUCUCCUUCUCCUUUCUGCCCCUGUUCAGGGCCCAAGGACCCAGAGACCAUCACCAUGGCCAGGUAGAAUUGUUUAUUAGUCCCUGUCAGCAGCUGCCCUCCAGGUGCUGUUGACACAGCCAACUUAACUAGCCUGUGGGACCAUGGGUAGUCCAUGGGGCAGUGGCCAGGCUGGGCCAGGCAGAGGGCUUAGUCUGGGAGGUAAUAAAAGCAGACAGACACACAGAUGUUGCUUGGGAAGCAGAUGUCAAUGCAGAGAUAGAUCAGCCGCUGCCUCUGGGGCCCUGGGUGGGAGGGAGACUCAUGAAUUUCCAAAGCACUCCUACGUAGUUCUGUAGAUUGUUCUGCAGGAGCCACACAGCCCUUCCACACAUCCUGCCCCAACUCACCCUCAGCUUGACGGGCCCAGUAGAUGGGGGUCUUUGCACAAAGGUGCUGCACUGAAGCCCCCACCUGGGCAGGAUCCACAGUGUGUCUCCCAAGUACUGCCAGCAGCUCCUGGGCAUGGUGGGUGUCAUGACCUUGGCUGAGGGACCCUUGGGCCUGCAGAAAGGCUUUGGUGGGCUAUGGCAUGGAGGUUUCCCUCCUCCUGGCUGGGCAGGUACUCACAUCCCACACCCACCUGCCAGCCCCACCUUCUACUUUUGUCAGCAGCCUCAGCUAAGGGAAGAUAGAGCUUUCUGUUUCCCUGAAACCAGAGCCCCAGCUGGGCCGCACACAGGACCCUUUGUCUGGCCCCUGGCCUGGUGGUGGAACCAUGCUCUGCUCACCCUGGAGGUGUUCAUCAGCAGCUGCAGGGUUUCCCGAUCUCGGGCCUCCAUCAGGCGGAGAAAGCAGGCCUGGUGCUCUGCAGGACGGUAACAGAUGCAGCCCUGGGGAGGCAGGUGGGUGAGGCAGGGCCACCCCAACACCUGUGGAUUGAUUCCCUCCCCACCCACUCACGCUCUGCCCGUCGAACAGCACUGCCCAGCUGCGGUUGCUCUGAGGUGGAGUCACUAUAAUGGUUGCCAUAUUCUGGGCCACGUCCACGAUGGUGGUUUGAUUGGACCAGGGGACUUGGGGGCUUGGGAAGGUCAGCCGGAGCAUCUGCAGCAAUGGCUGAGAAUGGGAAGUGGGAGUUCAGCUGGGCAGGCUGAGCAGCCCCAUAGGCCCCUAUCCCUGGGUUGCAGCAUUUCAACAUCGUGAAUGGGCCUCUCCACCCUCUGGUACUCUGCUCUAAGGCCAGUAUUAGGGCCUACUUUGGGUCCUGGCUCCACUGGAAGACCAACCUCCCUGACCCCUUCCCACUGCCCAUGUCCCUGGGCCUCAGGUGGGGCUCACCUUGGAAGGGCUAUGAGCAAACCCAAGAAGCCCUCCGGCCACAGCCCCUGCAGUAGCCAGUGCCAGCAGCAGUAACAGCAGGCUUGCAGCUCUCCAACCCCAGUGGCAGGGCUUGGUCUUCACCUGGGGGCAUACUGCAGUCAGUGAGGCUAUUGAGUUAGAGACCAGGGAGCAGGUUUGCUUAGGGAAAAGAGGGGAUAAGGUGGGGUAGGUGGUGGUACUCCUGUCCCCUGCCCUGGACAUCCCCAGGUUUUUGUCCCAAGAAUGAUAGAGGUACUCACCUCUGCAGGCCCAGGCCUGGGGCUCUCCGUGUGGCUGCUUCCUUGCUCCAUGCUGCAGCCCCUGCCGACAAUGCACUGAUUGUUUGCAGCCCCUUGGAGGAGUUGGCCCGGAAAACCUCAGGAUGACUCUGAUGAGCCAAACAACUGCCUCCUCCCCAGCUCAGUAUCUGAUGUCCAGGUCAGAGCUAGGACAGCCCCCUCUCCCACUGAGGAUGCCAGUCAUCAGGCCUGGCUCUUGAUACCUAUCUUGUACCAACAGAACAUUAUGAGGUCUGCAGGCUUCAGUGGGAAUCUAGUCCAGCUGAUUCAUUGCAGGCAGCCCAGGCCCAGCCAAAUGAUUCUGUCUGGUUGGAACAGAUUUGAUGUAUCUUAGAGUCUGUUUCCAGUCCAGUUACCUGCAGACUCCCAGAGGUGGGCAUGGUCCAUGGCACCCAGGGAGCCAUCAUUAAAUACAAACUGUUCAACAAA